CAGAACAGCAGAAGUUUGUGUACAGAAUUCCUCGUGCCAGUGAAAACAUAUCGAACGAUUUCACUUUAACUCUAUAAAUAUUAAAUUUUCUUGUGUGUGAAAUCUAUCAAGAACAUUCAAAAUCAAUUUGUCAUUCAACCUCAAAGGAGGGUUUAACUUCAUUAAGACCAUUAGAAUCAUUCCAAAAAUGAAGGUAGAGCCGUGGCAGACGAUGGCAGUGCUGCUGCUAGCAGCGUACGUUGCCGUGCCUGUAGCGGGUGACUGCUUGUGCGAUGUCUCCGCAUCGGUCGCUUACCCUGGCAUGCAGCGCAUCGACUGCAGCUUCUUGUCACUCGUCCAGGUCCCGGCAGACUGCUUGACCAACAGCUUGAACAUUUCGGAACUGUUGUUGAGCCACAACGGCUUGACUGACAUUCGCUCCACCACCCUGGCUGAGCUGACUGAGCUGCGUGAGCUGCGGCUGGACAACAACCAACUUUCUUUCAUCGACGUGACUGCGUUUGAGUUCAUGACCGAACUUAAGGUGCUCGCUCUGGACCACAAUCUCAAUCUGGCCCUGGAAUCUGCUGUAUUCUCUUACCUUGUGAGCCUCGAGGAGCUGACGACUAUAGGCACAAACCUACGGUACCUGCCAGACAUCACAAACCUCGCCCACCUCAAGAAACUGGACGUGCGAAGCAGCAACCUCGUCACGCUCCCCGUGCAUAUGUUCAACGACCAGCUAGCGGCCCCCAGUAUGUACGUCAGUAUUCAAGGAAACAAAAUUCCUGAUGCCGCGGUAAACUCCUUCCUCGGCUUGCCCGACGACACAAUCUUCUACGUUGACACUGAGCCGCAACUCAUGUUCUGGGCGCACAACGUCACAGAGCGAGAUGCCUUCAUCGCUAAGCCGUGGCGAGUCAACUUCGACUUGCCGGGCAGCACUGUCAUGUGUGACGUGGACGGGCUACCUGGCGACCUCACCAUUUGUUAUGGAUGAAAGUUUAUUGAAUAACUCAAACAUUGUAACCCUUAUUCAUGGUCGGGGAACGUGAAUGAAGCAUUUCUAGUGACAUCGAAAUCUAAUCUCAUUGAUGCGAAUAAUAUUACAGUUGAUAGUUCGUUCAUCCGUACGCUUCAAUGUUGCAAUUUAUUCUUCAUACUUUCUGUAUAAAACGCGCACUUGAAUUAAUAUGAUACUAAAUACUUCUUUUGUCUUGGUCAACAGUUGGUUCAACAUGCACACACAGUCUUUCACUCAGUCCUUUUUUGCUAUUGUAUUUGGAAUUCAUAGAUUAACAACAGAGAAUAAAAAGAGUUUGAAUC